AUGAUAGUUGCGUCUUCCGGAGGCCACGGGGCCGCACACACGAAGGUCGCGGUCGCCUCUAGCAACGGCGCCGACUAUAUACUAUCUCCUUCGCCCAAGGGCCUCGUUUCGACCAUCAUGACGGCGUACAACCGCCACGCCGACCUGGUGCUCAGGCCGGACGACGUGUGGCUGACGAUCCUCGCCCAGUUCUGCCUCUACGUCAACAAGAACGCGGAGAGCCUGCGCGACAGGAUCGUCGACCACGAGGGCAAGAAGGCACUCGGGGUCGAGGGAGGCGGGAACCUAUUUUCCCUGGACUACCCGGCCCUGAUUCGCGAGAUGCUGGCGAAGAUCCGGGAGAACAUCAAGACGCCCGAGCUCGCCGACUGGUUCAAGCCCGGCUUCACGACCACGACGGACACCGACGAGGUCGCCGCGGCGGCGACGGCGAUGGCCAGCCUGCAAGCCUACUUCUCGUACGAGAUCCACGCCGAGUGCGGGCUUCCGUCCGUGACCCUCAUGGGCACGGUGCAGGACUGGAAGCUGCUGCGAGCGAAGGUAGAGCGACUGCUCGACUUCGAGGUGAUUGACAACCCGGAGGGGGACGUCAUGGAGGUGUGGGUGGGGUACCUGCGGAAGGUGUGUGACGGGUUCGUGGAAUCCGCGGAGCACCCGGACAGCACGGAAACACUCCAGUUCUGGGACAAGGUGGUCUCCCACAUUGGCGGCGGCUCGGGAGUGAGCUACAUCACGGGCUGGCUGUCCGCCUUCGCGUGCUUCAACAAGGACGGGAAGUUCAUGGAUGGGGAGGAACACAGAAAUUCCCGGAACAGGUUCAUAUCGAGACACCGCCGUCCCGGACAAGUCCAACGAGUGCGAGUAUCCGCUGAUCGAGACUAG